AUGUCGACAAAUUCAAUGUUCCCACAUUGGAUGUCACAUCAGAAUGCAGCCGUGCCAGUCCCAGUGAUUGCGCCAAAUCGCCAGAUUUGGUUAAACGGACAGCUAACCGGGUGGCCAGCGCCAGCGGUGAGACCUCAAGGUCUCGCCGCAAACAAGAAGCCUAAACGCGUGAGAACUGCGUUUACAACGAACCAACUGUCGGCGCUAGAAGAAGAAUACAAGCAGUGCCGGUAUUUGGCCCCAUCACGACGUCACCAGCUGGCAAAUAUACUAAAUAUCCACGAACGUAUAAUAAAAAUCUGGUUUCAAAACCGGCGGAUGAAAGAAAAAAAAGACCUUAUAGAGAACCAAGGCUCUUCAGAAGAGAGUUCAGAGGGUAUGCUGAGUCCGAUAAUGCACUACCCGGGCGUAUUUCCAAAUUACACUGAGGCAUGUGUACCUACGACACCAAAUCUAACUUCGGAACAAUAUUCCCAGUACAUGUAUGGGACUCAUCCCAUCAUUCCUCCGGGCAAUAGCUCGGCAUAUCCUUGGCACACACAACUACAAGUUCCAUCUCAACUUGAAGCCAGUCUGUCAGCAGCAACUGCGCCGACGACACCAAAUUUAAUGUCGGGACAAUAUCAAUACUCCCCGUAUGUGAAUGGGACUCAGCCGAUUACUGCUCCGGGCAAUGUUUCAACACAAACUUGGCACCCAGAAGUGCAAGCCGCUCCUCAAGAAGCAAGUCAUCCUGUGCCAAAUUUAAUAUCAGAACUUGAUCAAUAUUCUCCGAACGUGAAUGGGAAUAGUCAUCCAAUGGUUCCUCCGGGCGAUAUCCCAGCACAACCACUACAGGCUGAACAAGUUCCACCUCAACAAGAAACCAGUCAUCCUUCAGCAGAGCAACCGGCCCCUGAUGUUUCUAAUGAAAGUAACAACUCUUCAUGGGAUCAAAUGAAACUUAUAGAGCAACUAUUAUCAUUGUAA